GACCUUUAAAAUAUAUUUUUCAAACAAAUUAUUAUUACCUACGUAAGUAGUAUAAACUAAAUAUAAUAAUUAUAUUUUAAAAGUAUACAGCAGUUCUAUAGCUAUCAAUUAAAUAUGUCAUUAUUUAAUAUAAAUGAACAUCAACAUAUUCGAUAUAAUCCAUUGAAAGGUGAAUGGAUCUUAGUAUCACCACAUCGAAUGUUACGACCAUGGAGUGGUCAAGUGGAACCAGAUCCAACAAAUCAACAACAAAUACCUGACCAUGAUCCAACAAAUCCAUUAUGUCCUGGUGUGACACGUGCUUCUGGUAUUGUUACACCUAAUUAUCAAUCAACAUUUGUAUUUACAAAUGAUUUUCCAGCAUUAUUAGAAGAUGGCCCUUCACCUGACACAGACCCAUCUGCAGAUCCAUUGUUUAAAAUGGCCGCAGCCAAAGGUACAUGUCGUGUAAUGUGCUUCCAUCCAAAAACCAAUAAACAAAUACCAACAAUGGAUUUAAAUGAUAUUCAAAAUAUAAUUAAAGAAUGGAUAUCACAGCUAAAAGAAUUAGGCGCAAAAUACAAUUGGGUACAAAUAUUUGAAAAUAAAGGUGCAAUCAUGGGCUGUUCAAAUCCACAUCCACAUUGUCAAAUAUGGGCAUCAUCAUUCAUGCCAAAUGAGCCACGGAUCAAAGAUCAAUAUUUAAAACAAUAUUAUUGUGAACAUGGACGUCAAUUAUUAAUGGAUUAUGUUGAAAAAGAAAUUCAGAAACAAGAACGUGUGGUUUGUGAGAAUACAGAAUGGAUUGUAGUUGUACCAUUCUGGGCAAUAUGGCCAUUUGAAACGAUGGUCUUACCAAAGAAACAAGUGCAACGUUUUACAGAUCUAACAGAUGUACAACAAUGUGAAUUAGCUAAAAUAAUGAAAGAAAUCUGUUCGAAAUAUGAUAAUUUAUUUAAAUGUUCAUUCCCAUAUUCAAUGGGUUGGCAUGGUGCACCUACUGGACCCACAUACAGCACACAAAACAUGCAACAUUGGACAUUCCAUGGCAUGUACUAUCCACCUUUAUUACGUUCUGCAACUAUUAAGAAAUUUAUGGUUGGAUAUGAAAUGUUAGCAAAUAGUCAACGAGAUUUAACACCUGAGAAAGCAGCCAUCAUGCUUAGACAACAAUCAUCUAUACAUUAUACAUUAUAAAAAGUUGUAAUAACAAACUGUAAUAACAUUAUUAUUGUUAUUACUUAUUGAACUACAGAACUUGUUCUUUGUUAAAUCUUAAAUUGUUAUUUUAUUUUAUUUACAAUAAAUU